AUGGCUGGUCUGGUGACAAGACCUGCGUCUCUGGCGCAGUAUGCCAAUACAGCAAGUAAUGACUGGUACUCCCAGUGCGUGCCCGGAUCAGGAGGAAACCCGCCAGCUAGUUCUACUGGAGGCAGCACUCCUACCCCUACGGGAGGAAGCGGCAAUGGUGGAAGUGGCCUGAACGACAAGUUCAAGGCCAAGGGAAAGCUGUACUUUGGAACCGAGAUCGAUCACUACCAUCUCAACAACAAUCCCUUAACCACCAUUGUCAAGAACAGCUUUGGGCAGGUUACUUGUGAGAACAGCAUGAAGUGGGAUGCUAUCGAGCCAAGCCGUAACCAAUUCAGCUUCUCGAAUGCUGACGCCGUCGUAAACUUCGCCCAAGCCAACGGCAAGCUUGUCCGUGGCCAUACCCUUCUAUGGCACUCUCAGUUACCGAACUGGGUACAAUCUAUCAAUGACCGCAACACCUUGACUUCGGUAAUCCAGAACCAUGUCACCACCAUGGUCACGCGCUACAAGGGCAAGAUCGUCCAGUGGGAUGUCGUCAACGAGAUCUUCGCCGAGGAUGGUUCCCUCCGCGAUAGUGUCUUCAGCCGUGUUCUCGGCGAGGACUUUGUCGGCAUCGCCUUCCGCGCCGCACGUGCCGCUGAUCCGGCCGCGAAGCUCUACAUCAAUGACUACAACCUCGACAUCGCCAACUACGCCAAGGUGACCCGGGGAAUGGUUGAGAAAGUCAACAAGUGGCUCUCCCAGGGCGUUCCCAUUGACGGCAUUGGCAGCCAGGCCCACCUAGCUGCUCCUGGUGGAUGGAACUCUGCCUCUGGUUUCCCCGCUGCCUUGAAAGUGCUCGCAGCCUCGAACGUGAAGGAGGUUGCUAUCACCGAGCUCGAUAUCUCGGGUGCGGCUGCUAGCGACUACCUCACUGUUAUGAACGCCUGUCUUCAGGUCUCGAAGUGUGUCGGUAUCACUGUUUGGGGGGUGUCUGAUAAAGACAGCUGGAGGUCUAGUGAUAACCCUCUCCUCUUUGACGGCAACUAUCAGCCGAAGGCAGCAUAUAAUACCUUGAUCAAUAACUUGUAA